AUGGGACUCGAUGCCCUGAGUAAGCUCGCUUCAGCCGGUGAGGCUGUCUACCAGAACCUCUCCAAAAAAUGGGAAGAUAGAAAGAGGCGGCAAGCUGAAGAAGAAUGGCUUACGAAAUUCGCUGAGGAGAUCAGACAGCGAAAUGAAUUUCUGGCGCUCGUGACGAGCAAGCUCACAGGCAACUCGGCGCUUGACAUGGCGCCUCUGCAGUGCAACCCGCGUGAAACUCAAAAAGCUGUUUUUCUCGUCACCACACCCAUCGCUUUUGGGGUGCUUGAGGUUUCGCAGCAUAGCUAUAAGCUCUUGGCCAGACACGUAGGGAUGAGCUUGAACAGUGUCAGUCAUUGGGCUGUGUGCGUCAUCGAUAGAGGGCUCGGCAAAUGCUAUUGCUAUGAUCUUAUGAGCGACCGGCUGGAGUUGACGAUGUUGGGGAAGAAUUACUUCCGUGUGGCGGUUAUCACGCCUGAAUUUGUCGAUACCUGGAGUUCGUGUUAUUAUAUCGGUGAAACAACGAAGACGCAUGACGAGAUACAGGAAAUAGGCCAUCGCCACACCGGACUGAAUCCUCGAUAUAGACUGCUAUCUAACAAUUGCCAGCAUCUGGUAGACAGCCUUGUGAAAGAACUAUGCAACGGCAAGGUAAUCAGCCAAGCCAAGCUUGACGAGGAAUUAUCUCUGGUCUCGCCAAAGCUUGCACGCGAUUUGAUCGUUGGGCGGAUACGAUCGAAAAUGGAUGUUGGUGGGGAGAGUGAGGAUAGUCCUUCGAUUAAGGAACAUUUAGAGACGAUUAAGAGUCAUUGGACUGACAAGUAG